GAGACGAGUAAAUUGUCAUCCCUAGAUUAGAAGGAUAUGUUUGUUGUAGCUAAUUUGCAAAACAAUUGUACAUAUAGGCAGACCAAUUAAGAGUAAAUAUGGACCCCAAUCACAACACAUGUUUUUGAAAGAGAGCCACAACGACCCGAACCAGACUCCAAUCCACCGUCGUACUCCACACACCCCUCCUCCCUCACGACUCUCUCUCUCUCUCUCUCUCUCUCUCUCUAUACAUGUAUAUGUUCUCUCGCUCUCUCUCUACCGAUUGCCGUUGGAAGCGAGUGACGACACACCCAAAAAAGUGCAAAAAAAAUCUAACCCAUCUUCGUCUCUGUAAAGAUCUAGGGUUUUCGACACCCUAACUCAACCUUGCACAGAUCGCUACCCCAAAAUCACCCCAAUUUACAAUCCAAUUCAAUUCCUUGCUUGAAUUAGGGUUUUGAUUUGUCCGUGAAUUGUUGAGAUUUUUUUGGUUGUUGAUGUUUUUUCACUGAAGUUAGGGUUUUUUUGUUUGUUUGAAGAGAUGGCGGCUGUAGGGGAGGAAGAGGGGGAGUAUGAGAGUGAUCCGGAGGAAUUGAAGCGGUCGCUGACGAUGCGGAGGAGAGAGGCGAGCGAUGAUGAGGGCGAGGAAGGAGAUGGGGGAGAGAGAGAGAGGAGGAGGGUUGAUUCGAUGGCUGGGAUUGCGUCUGAUGGGGAAUCGGAGGGGCAGGGUGCUCCGGCGGAUUAUGAUGAUGAUGAAUCGGAGAUAGAGGAAGAAGAAGAGUUGGAGGAGUAUGAGGAAGAGGAGUUGGGGGUUGGGGAAGAGGAGGUGGAGGUGGGGGAAGAUGAUGAGAGAGGAGGCAAAGAUGAUGUAGACGUUGGGAACAAGGUUGAGGCUGUGGAAGCUGGAGGUGAAGUGGUGGCAAGGGAAUUGGAUGGGGACAGAGAGAGAUCUGUCGGGGAAUCGACGGAGGUUCAGGGAGUGAAUCAGGUUGAAGAGGAGAAGAAAGAGAAUGAGCCUUUUGCCGUGCCAACGGCGGGUGCUUUUUACAUGCACGACGAUAGGUUUCGCGACAAUGCUGCUGGUCGACACAGGCGAACACUUGGUGGAAGGAAGUUGUGGGAGUCAAAAGAUAACAGGAAAUGGGGGCAUGAUAAGUUUGAAGAGAUGACUCUCCAGGAUAGGCGUUAUGAAGAGGGUACAAGGAACUCUAGAGGUAAUUAUCGAGCUCGUGGAAAAAAUCGAGGCAUAGAUCGUGGAUAUACUAGAGGUAACAAGUCUAAAGCCUACAACAAUAACAAUCAGAACAACGGACCUAAGAGUGUGAGAGGCAGAGGCCCCAGAAGGUAUGAGCCUUUGAAAAACAUCGAGGCACCUCCAAUGCAAUACAAACAUAGAUCUGGGAAGUCUAUUGAGAAAACUUCACAUCAUACUUCUGGGAGAGCACCUACAGCCACAUCAAAUGCGGAUUCUGAUACAGUUUCUUCUAGGAAACAAGCGUUUGGAUCAAGCUUGAGUUCCGCUUCCCCGCCAUUUUACCCUUCUGGUUCUAAUAAGGAAAUUACUUUAACACAGAAAAGGGAUGCACAAGCUGGAACUAUCAAUCGGAACCCUCGGUCUGCUGUUGUGGAUGAGAACUUUUCUAUGUCACAAUCCAAUUCAAUGAUGAGAGGAAAGAACGUAGUUGAAAAGCUUCAUAUCAAUGAUUCCAUUUCUGCAAAUACUGGAAAACCUUCAACGAGCUUGCCUUUGCCACCUUCUGGAUCUUUUGUAGUCAAUACUACUCAACCUCUUCAGCCAAGGGUGCAGGGGAGAGGUCUAGCCUCUGUGCAAAUGACUUUUCAACCAGGAGCACUUCAUAACCAAGUCAGCAGAGCUUCUCCACCAACCCAACACCAUACUAUCCAACGAAAUCCUGCUCAAAGCCGAGUUCAACCUUCUUUGCAAGCUUCUGUUCAGCAGUCGGGACAGCGUCCUGGUAGUGGAUCUCAAACUUCAUCGCCACCAAAGGCAGCUUUGUCGAUAAAUUCUUUUGAAUCUGGAGAAUUGGAAUCUCCUCCAGAAUCAAGUAAAUCCAAGACUGCAUUGGUUGGAAAAGGAAAAGGCGGUGUUCAAGGUAGUGGAAUGAGCUCUUUUCUGUACGGUGGGGCUCAGGUCAUGGGAACUUCUGGUAGUAUGGGCAGUGGUCAUGGUGAUCAGAACUUUGGUGCAACUCCUGCGUUCUUGCCAGUAAUGCCGUUUGGGGGCCAGCAUCCAGGUGGUAUGGGAGUUCCUGCUGUUGGCAUGGCUUUCCCUGGUUAUGUUGCUCAACCACAGCUUGGGUUGGGAAAUUCUGAGAUGACAUGGCUACCGGUUUUGGCUGGUGCUGCAGGAGCUUUGGGGGCAACAUAUUGCUCACCCUAUAUUACUGUUGAUGGUGCUUACCACUCCCGGCCAUCAGGGCAGGCAUCUUCCUCAGGAGCUUCCAGCAAAGAAAACAAUUCAAACAAACCAAAUAACGAGUGGAAGCCUUCACAGAGACCCGAGGUUGCGAGUGAUGAGUUUGGUCAACGGCAAAAAAAUACUCGCAGAUAUACGGAGAUGAAUUUUGGCCCGUGAAGUACUUAGAUAGAUUGAGCCUAUUUGAAUAAGCAGAUAAAGGUCCUGUCCCAGGCCCUUCGUAAUCUUCAGUAUUUGUUCUGGAGCACUUUGGGCAACAGUAUGCUCCAUGAUAUGUUAGCAAUUGGGAUUUGCGGAAAUUUUUUUCAUGUAUAUGUGACAAACGCCUGCUCAUGCUGUGGUCAUUUGGAAAACACUGCAGCCUGAUGGGUGGCAGUUCUUUGUGCAAAUGUGCGGUUUUCCUGUGGCUUUGUUUUUUUUUUUUUUUCUUCUUUUUUUUUAAUCUUGUGAAAGCUUGUGAGAAUUGUUGGCGGGCUUCUUUGAAAAUUAGAAUAAAAAAAAAGGAGAUCCAAAAAGGACAGGUGUAUUAUGCAGAAGCUGUUUGGUUAGUGAAGUUGACUGCUGUGUUCUUAGGGAAUGGUACAUCUCAUGGGUUUUUUUUUUUUUUUAUAUUUUUAUUAUUAUUAUUUAAAUUCAUCUAUAGUGGCCUCAAGUUGCGCGGUCAUUAAUUGUUGUUUUGAGGGGUACCUUUAAUGAUUGGGAUUUCUUAUUUUGUAAGUUGAGAGAGAUUAUCUACUUGUGGAGACAAAGCUUUAUAUGUCAAGAGGACUUGUAACUGUACUGCCAUUAUGAUGGUUGGUGUAUUGCAUAUGAGUUUUAUGAAUGUUGUGGUGAACUUAUGAUUAACUGA